AUGGCGGCUAAAGUUCCGGCCGUUGGCAUCGACUUGGGUACGACCUAUUCAUGUGUUGGCGUCUUUCAACAUGGCAAAGUUGAAAUCAUUGCCAAUGAUCAAGGCAAUCGUGUUACCCCAUCAUAUGUGGCAUUCACCGAUACGGAACGUUUAAUCGGCGAUGCUGCCAAAAAUCAGGUGGCUAUGAAUCCAAAUAAUACCAUUUUUGAUGCCAAACGUCUGAUUGGACGCAAAUUCGAUGACAUCACCGUGCAGAGUGACAUGAAGCACUGGCCCUUCGAAGUGGUCAGCGAUGGUGGAAAGCCAAAAAUCCGUGUCGAGUACAAGGGAGAAAAGAAAUGUUUCUUCCCCGAAGAGGUGUCCUCUAUGGUCUUGACAAAAAUGAAAGAAACUGCCGAGGCGUAUAUGGGUCGUACUGUAAGCGAUGCGGUCAUCACUGUACCGGCGUAUUUUAACGAUUCGCAGAGGCAGGCCACCAAAGAUGCUGGGGCAAUUGCUGGCUUGAAUGUACUGCGUAUUAUUAAUGAACCCACAGCCGCUGCCAUUGCCUAUGGUUUGGAUAAGAAGGGUACCUCGGAAAGAAAUGUUUUGAUUUUCGAUCUGGGUGGUGGUACCUUCGAUGUUUCCAUUCUCACCAUUGAAGAUGGUAUUUUUGAGGUUAAGUCCACGGCCGGAGAUACCCAUUUAGGUGGUGAAGAUUUCGAUAAUCGUAUGGUUAACCACUUCGUUCAGGAAUUUCAGAGGAAACAUAAGAAAGACCUGUCGACGAAUAAGAGGGCUUUGAGGCGUUUGCGUACAGCCUGUGAGCGGGCCAAACGUACCUUGUCUGCUUCGACUCAGGCCAGCAUUGAAAUUGAUUCCCUUAUGGAUGGUAUUGAUUUUUACACGUCCAUUACCAGAGCCCGCUUCGAGGAGUUGAAUGGUGAUUUAUUCCGUGGUACUAUGGAGCCGGUGGCCAAGGCCUUGCGUGAUGCAAAAAUGGAUAAGGGUCAGAUACAUGAUAUUGUUUUGGUUGGUGGUUCCACUAGGAUUCCGAAGGUGCAAAAGCUUUUGCAGGACUUUUUCAAUGGCAAAGAUUUGAAUAAGUCCAUUAACCCGGAUGAGGCUGUGGCCUAUGGUGCUGCGGUGCAAGCUGCUAUUCUGCAUGGUGAUAAAUCGGAGGCUGUGCAGGAUUUAUUGUUGUUGGAUGUAACCCCCUUGUCAUUGGGUAUUGAGACUGCAGGAGGGGUUAUGACUGUCCUGAUUAAACGUAACACCACCAUACCCACCAAGCAGACUCAGGUUUUUACCACCUAUUCGGAUAAUCAGCCGGGUGUGUUGAUUCAGGUCUUCGAAGGUGAACGGGCAAUGACCAAGGAUAACAAUAUCUUGGGUAAAUUUGAGUUAAGUGGCAUACCCCCUGCGCCCCGUGGUGUACCACAAAUUGAGGUCACUUUCGAUAUCGAUGCCAAUGGUAUUCUGAAUGUCACCGCCAUAGAGAAGUCCACAAAUAAAGAAAAUAAAAUCACCAUUACCAAUGAUAAGGGCCGCUUGAGUAAGGAGGAUAUUGAACGCAUGGUAAAUGAUGCCGAGGCAUAUCGCCAUGAAGAUGAGAAACAAAGGGAGAGAGUGAAUGCGAAGAAUGCUCUCGAAUCAUAUUGUUUCCAAAUGAAAGCCACAUUGGACGAUGACAAUAUCCGUUCUAAGGUUUCAGAUUCCGAUCGCCAAAUGAUAAUGCAAAAAUGUAAUGAAACCAUUUCCUGGUUGGAUGGAAAUCAAACGGCCGAGAAGGAUGAAUAUGAGUAUAAGCAGAAGGAGCUGGAGAAGAUUUGUAAUCCGAUUAUUACGCGCCUCUAUCAGGGUGGUGCUGCACCACCACCAAAUGCUGGUGGUAUGCCAGGAGGAGCAGGUGGUCCGGCGCCAGGUGGUUCGACUGGACCAACUAUUGAGGAGGUUGAUUAA